ACAUAAGACGCAUUUGGUUUGGUUAAAAGAAAUUUUAUAAAUUUUUAUAUAUUUUUGUCCGCAAGUCAUUAACUAAAAUAAUAGUUAACUUUUCAAAAUAAUUAAAUUUGUUAAAAGACAAGAUUAAAGAAAACAACAAAAAGUAUUUUUAAAUCGAAGUUGGUUUUUUGUUGAACCAAAAAUAGAACUGGUUUUGUUUUAAAAAAUGUCGUACGUUUUUUCAAAAGCGUUACAACAGCAAAAGUCACCGACAGAAGAAAGACAACGUCGAAAAACGCUUCCGACGGGCUGGGAUACCCCAGUAUCUCCAAACCUAGAUCAUGUAACGGCAGAAAGAAUUCCACCCAUUGUUGCUCCAAAGCCUAAACAGGACAACACAGAUCAAACAAAAGCAGCCCAAAAUUUAAGUGGAGCUUCAAAAUCAGCCGCAUUUCGAAAUGCUGGAUCACGAUCUUUUUCUUUUGACAGUGAGGCAUCAGCUGGACCAAAAAUGGGAGGUGCUUUUGCGAGAUUGCAAGCUAAUUUGGAGAAUCCCAACACUACCACUAAUUCAAUUUAUUCUGAAAAAUAUGAAGCAUAUCGUAUUCAGCGAUCUUUGAAAGAGCAUGGCGUGUUACCAUCAGAACUUCGAUCAAACGAACAACUUCAAAAAUAUGGUUUAGAUAAAAUGGAACCUCCAAAAGUUCUUCCAAAACCGUCAAGAGGGAGUGUUGAAAACAAACGUAGCGCAUUUUCCAAAAAUCGUUCGGAGACAAUGCCUUCUCCGUCAAUCACUACCGAAGAGUCUUUUUAUCAUAAGAAUAAGAGUUUUGGAUCUUUGGAUAACAAUGACUUGAUUAUUUCAGAAGAGCAUUUUACAAAACUAACACCGGACACAAGCGAAAAAGAAACUCAACCAGAAACAAAAGCUACGGACGACGUUUUUGUCUGUGAAAAUAAUGAAAUAGUUAACGGACAGCGUCAAUUAAAUGAAACUAUAGAAGAGCUAGAAAAGAUGAGCUUUGAGCUUGAUUCUAAAAAAGGAGGAUUGUUUUUUGAAAAAGUAGAAAAUGAAAAAAUUCAUAGUCAAGUUAUUUUAGAAUCUGAUGCUAUUCAGCAAGAUGGCAAAAAAGUACAAGAUGAGGUUAGUGGUGAAUUACCACCUGACUCUGUAGCGUUAUCUUUGUCAAAACCUAAUCAAGCCAGUAAUGAAAUCCAGUUUUCAAAGGUUUCUGAUGAACUAAAUGCCCAAGAUGUUAAAGCUGAUUCUGUUGAAUUUUUAUAUGAAACAGUUGAUAACUCUGUAGAGUUAAUUAAUUUACAAAAGGACAAUGAAAAAAGUGUUACUGAUUUAGCAAAUUCUAAUAGUAAAACUGAUCAAACUGUUGGAAUACCUAACUUGCCUACUGAACAUAUUGAAUCAAAGGAAUCCCACUUAGAUGAUUUAAGUACAGAUAUAUCAGCUAUUGAUUUUAAUAGAGUUGAAUCUUGUAAUGUAGAAGAGCUAUCUUUAACCAAUGCUGCUGUAAAAGAUGAGGUACCCCCUACACAUGUAUUAGUAGACAAAGAAGCGUCCUUAACAAAUGCAGUAGUCGAAGAAGUGUCCCCAUUAUAUAAUCAAGAGACUGUUUUUCUCAAUAAAAAUGAACUAGAAGAGAAUUUAGUUGAGUCACCAAUAAUUGAUCUAGAGUCAUCUAAUCGAUUAGAUGAUCCUGUUACCAGAUUAUCUGAUCCAUUAUUGGAAAUAAAAUCCGAAAUGAAUUUAACGCAAGAAAUUUCUGCACUUCUUGAAACAAAUCUUUUUUCGAACAGUCCGUUAGAAAGUGAUUUUUCUUUGGAUCAAACAAAUGACCAUCCUAAUUCAAAAGAAGAGUUGGAAAAUGCUGUAAAAAUAUACGAAACAUCUGACAAACCUUUUGUAUUACAGUCUGAUUCUGUAAAUGAGUUACCGUCACAUCAGAUAGUUACAGAGAUAAACCCUGAACAUACUGUUGAUUCCUUCAAAAAUGGUUUUCAAGAAUCAGAAAAAUACCAAAUAAAGGCAGAUGUGGAUGUCGAAAUAACCAACGAACAGUCCUUACUUAAAAACGAACUAAAAGAUGAAUCAGAUGGAGUUGUUAAAACAGAAAAAGACAUUGAUGAUGUAAACAAUAAUUCUUCCUUUAAUUUUGAUACAGCUUUUUAAUUUCUUUGUGAAUUUCUUUUUUAAUUUGAUUAUUUUGUACUUUUAGUUAAUUUUCAAUAUAAAAUUCAUUUUUAUGUGUUGGAGUAAAAAAAUUAUAAAAAAUUUUCUUCAGGUCAACAUUUUUAUAACUAUGCUUGUUCAUAGUUCAGAUGAGUUUUUGGUAUUAUGAAAAUGUAUAUAAAUUUUAAAUGUCUUAUAUCGUUAUAUAUAUA